CUACACCAUUCUGAGAGUAUCAAUCUCCCAAACCAUGAUUCUGCUGCCAGUUCUGCAGUUUAUCAAUGCUGUCCUGUGGGCGGAUGGGAAAUACUACAAGGAAGCGCUUGAUGUCCAUAACCCGCUUUUCUACAUCGGGAUCUUGAUGACCAUCUCCACCCUCACAUCUCUGUAUGUGUUUAACUUGUUGAUGAGGGGUUCCUUCCAGAUUGCCGAACGUACCUUAAACUUGGUGCCAAAAUAUGCCACGAUUAUCCUCUGCAUGGUCAUCACUACUUUACAGCCUCUCAUCAUGGAGACUCUCACUGGUUAUAAUGUAAUUCCCUGCUGGAGUUCCUUCUACUGGGAAGGAAGAGCCUCAGAAAUGGACCAUAUGCUGAAGAUACUGGAGAUGUUUAUUCUCAUGUUGGUUGCUCGACGGUAUUACAGAAAACCCGCCCCUGUAUUGCCCAUGAGCUUUGAAAACUCACUACAGGAAACCCCUUACAUGGCAGAAUGAACUGAAGAUUUCUUCCAGCAUCCUCAUGUUGUGACAUUUACUUCUCCAAGAGGUAUUUGUAGACCUCCAUUUCACAAGUCAAGGAUACAGAUCCUAGCUUAUACAAAAAAAAUCCUUCCAAGUGUGACGGAGGAGUCUGUAUUUUCAGUCCUUUAAAACCGUAAUCCUCCCAAAUCUGAUUAAUGCUAUUUAUUUGAGGCUGUGAGGCCUCCGUUCUUAAUAAGAGGUCAAAGAGGCUUCUGAGAAUGAAGAACAGGAGAUCACCUUGCUUGAGGUUCAUCUCUGUAACUGCGAAUGUGAGGCGAUGAUCCUGCUGAGGCCUUAACAACACCUCGGUACACAAUCAUAUCCUUUUAAACAAGUCAGCUGCUGGAUGUGUGCAGUCGUGGCUUAUUGAUCUUGGAGGACCGGGGUUCUGAAAAUGCAUUAAAGUAUAGAAUGGUAGACAAACAGAGCCAUGCAGCCUGGCAGGAAGACUUUGACUAAUGUGAUUUUAGAUAAUAAUUUUAGCUGCAGACGGUGGUGCUUCCGCCCUUUCAUAAACCCCGACCCUGAACAUCUUUUAAAUCUCAUCAUUUUGACAAGGACUGUUUCCAAGUGACUGAGAACUUCAACAAGCUCAAUAAAAGCCUCGUAGUUGUUGUUUUUUUGUUAGAUAUGCGUGUGCGUUCAUCAGGUAACGA